CUUCCGUCGUCGUCUUCGGUCGUUGGUUUCGUUAGCGUUCUCCAUCUCCAUUUCUGAUUUUUUCUUAUCUGUCAAUGAGAAAAACCAAAAAUAAAAAAAGAACUGAAGCUGAAGAGACAGCAGAUUGUUUAUAACUUUUUUUUCUAUAUACAAAUCUCAAUAAAAUUACAAUUUAAUAAUUUAGUUAACUGUAUUUUAUAAUAUUUAAUUGAAUAAACUGAAAACCCUGAAAAUUGAUUAUUAAAACAUAGAAAAAAAAACACUUUGUUAUUUGCAUUAUUCCCAAAGAUGAAAUAUAUAACGACAUCAGAAGAUGACUUCUCUUGUAACGAGGGCAUAACCGAUCCACCCAGCGACAAUUCGAACCAUGAAACUCUCGAGUCUAUAACUAUCGACGAUGACGACGAGGAUGGCAAUGAAAAUGAGGCCAGUCUCGAGUCCAGCUUGGAUGAGAGCGCUCGAACAUCCAAGCAACUAAGAAAAGCCUGUCGCAAUAGUGGCCAAGCCUAUGUGACCAGCGCUGGCAAACUCGUGCCUGCCAAGAAGGUGGUUCCUCUCACUGAAUGCCGUGCCAAAUGCAACACCAGAUUCACCUUCGAAAUGCAACAAGCCAUCUUCAAUGAAUACUGGUCCCUGGGAACCUACGAGAAACGAGCCGAAUAUGUUGCGUCCAUGAUAACAGUCAUCAAUAAGAAAUCCAAUCGUCCACGAAACUUAGACGCUGACAGGGAGAAAUUAAGAACAAAAACUUAUUCGUAUUGCCUGGAGUUAGGUGGCAAAGUACUACCCACAUGCAAGGGAUGUUUCCUAAAAACUCUCGACGAAUCCGAGGGUAUGGUUAAGACAGUUGCAACAAAAAUCCGAACCGGUCCAUCAGGUAGACAUCUGUGCAAUGAGAUGAUGCGAAGUAGCCACAGUCCUAGACAUGGAGAUGUUGAAAUUAUUUCUGCCAGGAGUACACUUCCAUUCUUUUGUUAGUAGGUAGUUUUUUUCUACUCCUGCAUAUCCUACACCGCCGCCGGAAAAGUACCUAGCUGUAGUUUUCUUUCUCUCUUUUUUCUUUUUUAAAUAGUUUUUAUUAUAACAUUGCCGUUCGAUUUAUUUAUUUCCAUUUAACAACAAGCACACAGCAACUAAUAAUCCUCAUUUAUAAAUAAUAAUUAUAUUUUAUUCAAAGAACUUUAUAUACUCAUAGUUUUUCAUUUUUUAAUUCUUGUGUACCUAUUUGAUUAUAUUAUGAACAUUUUAAAACAAUUUGUUGGGAAUAAGAAAUGAAUAAGAUUUGUAAUUUUUGAUCUUAAAAAAUAAAUUAGAUGUAUUUUAAGCAAUAUUAAAAAAACAAAACAACAACAAAAAUGCGUGUAAUAAUAAUAACAAGGGCGAACAUUUUAUAAAAUAGAAAAAUAAAUAAAAACUAAUUGACACUUUUUUGAAAAGCCUUUUGAACACGAAACAUUCGAAUACUAAAAAAAUUAUACCUACCCAUUAAUUGAAAAUUAAAAAGUAUUAAAGUACAUUUUAAAAAAAA